AUGGAGACAGAGGAUCAACAAGUUGCAAGGUUUAUUGGUGGACUGCGUGUGGCAAUACAAGAUAAGGUUUCUAUGCAUCCUGUCUUUACUUUGAACGAGGCAGUUAGUUUGGUAACCCGAGCAGAGAAGCAACUGGAGAAGCCUAGAGCACCAACCUGGGAGCGAAACUCGAGUGAUUCGACGAGACCAACACAGGGUCCAGGAAAACAACCUCUAGUCCCGACACUCACACCAAGUCAACCAGUGACUUCCACAGGAAAAGGAGCCAGAAGCAGUUCAAGCACCCCGAGACAACCAGCCAACAAUCCAUACGCACGGCCCAGUCUAGACAAGUGUUUCCAAUGCAACCAACCGGGACAUAGGUCGCAUCAAUGUCCCCGGAGGCAGAUGGUAAACUUGAUCGAACCCGAGCUAGAGGAAGGGUUCAAGAAUGGAGAUAUUGAUACACCCGAGGAUGAGGAAAAGGAGUUGGCUGACGCUGAUGAGGGAAUACCACUUUCCCGAUCCUUAGUAAUUCAACGUUUACUCUUGACCCCGAGGCAAGAGGAUCAAUUUCAAAGGCACAAGAUUUUUCGUACUCGCUGCACAAUCAACCAAAGGGAUGGUCGGAAGAUAACAUUUCGACCCUUACAAGAAGUCAAAAAUUCUACUCAAUUCAAGGAAAAGCUGGUCCUCCUAUCCACUGGGUCAGAAUUUAUAGAAGAAGUUAAGGAGGCCCAAGACAUCAUAGCAUUGGUGACCGAGGGAACCCCGGGCUCCGUCUCACAAGAAGUUCCCGAGAUAAUGCGACUGAUGUUAGAAGAAUUCCAAGACAUCAUGCCUAAAGAGAUGCCCGAAGGACUGCCGCCCAUGAGAGAUAUCCAACACUAUAUUGACUUAGUGCCGGGAGCAAGUCUCCCGAACUUGCCACAUUAUCGAAUGAGCCCAAAGGAGAAUGCUAUUUUGCAAGAGCAAGUAGAGGGGUUAAUUCGGAAGGGACACUUGCGAGAGAGUAUGAGUCCAUGCGCAGUACCGGCCCUACUUGUACCGAAGAAAGAUGGGAGUUGGCGAAUGUGCGUGGAUAGCUGGGCAAUAAACAAGAUCACGGUCAAGUAUCGGUUUCCAAUUCCCCGAAUAGGUGACAUGUUUGAUAUGCUAUCUGGGGCUAAGAUUUUUUCGAAGAUUGACUUGAGGAGUGGAAAUCACCAAAUCCGUAUACGACCGGGAGAUGAGUGGAAAACUGCGUUCAAGACUAAAGAGGGGCUUUAUGAGUGGAUGGUGAUGCCUUUCGGCCUUUCGAAUGCACCAAGCACUUUCAUGCGACUCAUGAAUCAUGUACUGAAACCUUUUAUCAAAAAAUUUGUCGUUGUCUAUUUUGAUGAUAUUCUUAUCUACAGCCGCAACCUGGUGGAUCACAUGGAUCAUGUGAGGAAAGUGUUGGAGGUUCUUCGUGAAAAUAAGUUGUUUAUCAACUUAAAGAAGUGUAGUUUCAUGAUGGAUCAGUUACUCUUCCUCGGAUUUGUAGUCGGUGCCGAUGGAAUCUGA